CAAACAUUCUGUCACUGCCAAUAUACUCAAUAAUAUUUAUCGUAAUAUUCAAUAUUCAACAUGAGUCUAAGAAGCAUACUGUCAAACCCUGCCUUGAAAGAUCAUAACCAAAUUGAAUUAAAUGAAGAAUGGAACAAUUUUAUGAAAAGAAUCGGCGACGUUUCCAAUAUAGUGAAAGAUUUGGCCAGCGGUGAUAAGGAAAAAGCUGAGGCGGCGAAGAAUCUAGCAGACCAAUAUCUCGAAGGAAAAAUAAUCAUAGACGAAGAUGUGCAAUUAAAAGUAAAGAACGACCGGACAGUGAUAAAUGACAAAGCUUUCCGGUUUAUUGAAAAUAAAGAUGCGAAUGAGAUCGACAAAGAUUCGUGGAUGGCCGAAAUGAGCAAAGACGCUGAAAAAAGGGCUCUGGAUCGUAAAAUCCGGCGCGAAAAAGCCGAUACACUAAAUACCCAAGCUAUAAAAGCUUUCCGCAGAGGUGAAUAUGAUAGAGCUCUCUCUUGCUACAACCGCGCGAUAGACCAAGUCAGGGAUAACCCUAUGUUGUAUUGUGACCGAGCUCUAACGAAUAUCAAGUUGGGAAAUUUUAAAAAGGUAUUUUCCGACUGUGAUCUUGCCUUGCGUCUUAAUGAGAAGAGCUUCAAAGCCCGCUUAUAUAAAACAAAGGCAUAUAAGGAAUUAGACGAAAUAGAGCAGUUUGAGCACUGCAAAAAAGAAUUAGAGGAGACGUUCCCGCAACACCAGGACCUUAUCGAAUACUUUCUUGAUAAGAAACAAGAAAUUGAAGAGGAUAAUAAUGAAUAACUAAUCGGUAAAGAUGAUAUUUGAUUUAAGAACGCAUGCAGAUGAAAGACAGAACUAGCACUUUUUAUUAACACAGAAAUUGGUACAGUCAGCAUUAUGUUGCAUACAACAAAGAACGAAAAAUAUGGUAAUAAAAAGGCAAAAUUCAUUACAUCUGGUAUUUCUA